UUAGUGUAAACACAAUUUAAACUGCGUAUGGGCAGUAAAUAAAGUAUAUAUAAGACAUUGUAGCUUCACCACUGCAGCUGCACCCAAAUGCAGAUUAUUGUGCUUAUUGCUGGGUUUGGAUUGGUGGGAACCUUCGCUGCUCCACAGUUAUAUCAGCUAGAAGCUGUUGACAGUAGUGUAGAUGAGGUUGAGAAUGAAAAAGUUGACAAAAUUACGAAUAAAGAAUAUGCUGAGGUUCCGUACACUGUUGUAGAAAGAAUUGUUUACGAUGAUCUGAGCUACGAGAUUAGAGAUUAUCCAGCUGUAAUGUGGGUUUGUACAAGAAUGGUUUUCACUCAGGAGGAGGAUCUAUUGGAAAGUGAGAAUAUAUUCGACGAAGAAGAUAUAUCUGAAAAUGAAAAUAUAUUUGAAAAUGAAUAUAAAACCAUGAAAGAUCAGCCUAGUUCACAAAUGUACAUAAAACUGUUCAGGUAUAUUUCUGGGUUUAAUUCUGCCAAACAAGAAAUUAAAAUGACUAUUCCAGUUCGUAGUAAGAUAUCACAGAUGGAGAAUAAGUCAAGUGUUCAUGAGACUUGUUUCUACCUGGACCCAGCUGUACAGGUUGACCCACCUACUCCGCUGCAGGAGGAUCUAACUAUCCUAGAGACUCAACCCUGCAGGGAGGAGAACAUUUUCUGCAAUCUUCGGAAGACACCCCAAACCAAUUACCAAACUAAAUGUUUUAACCCUGUAUUAACCUCUAUUUGCAUUGAACUGAACCAUAUACACCGAAACAUUAAAUACGACUCCUUCCAAUAAGGAUUUACCGUACACACUACACAUGAUAUUCUGACCCAUUUAUUAUUACUUGGCUUUCUUGGCGCUUCGGGCCCGUCUUAUAUUUUAACUUUUAAUUGUGUCUCUAUUUAGCCUAUGUUACC